CCUCUGUCUCUGCCAUCAGUGUCUCAGCCUCUUCACCUGUAAGAUGCUCUCCCUGGAUCCACUGGGUCCCGAGUGGGACUGCCCCCUGGGCUCCAAGGACCUGGAGGAAGAGGAGGGCCCAUGGGGAGGGGGCUCUGGCCUGCCGCCCCCAGGCUGCUUCCCUGGCUCCUGGCGCCAUGACGUGGGCCUGGACUGCAAGGGGUCCCCCGAGGUGGCGGAGGCCCAGGCCUGGACUGUCUACUACUACAGCCUCCUGCAGAGCUGUCUGCAGCAAGCUGGCCUACCGGAGACCCAGGACCGCAGCCAGGUGCCCCGCACAGGCUGCCCUGGGGCCGAGGUGACCUUGUGCAUUCUAGGAUCCCCCAGCACCUUCCUGUCCGUGCUGUUGGAGGGUGGGGUCCAGAGCCCGGGAAACAUGCUCCUUUGCCUGUCCCCUGCUUGGCUGACGAAGGUGCCAGCACCAGAGCAGCCAGGCGAGGCGGCCCUGCUGGUGUCCAAGGCCGUGAGCUUCCACCCGGGGGGCCUGACAUUCCUGGAUGACUUUGUCCCCCCACGCCGUGCCACCUACUUCCUGGCGGGCCUGGGGCUGGGGUCCUGCCGGGAUCGAGAGGCAGCAGAGCUUGCUCGCGACCUGACCUGCCCCACGGGAGCCUCUGCUGAGCUGGCCCGGCUGCUGGAGGACCGGCUGCUGACGAGGCGAUUGCUGGCUCAGCAGGGUGGUGUGGUCGUGCCAGCUACCCUGGCUUUCACCUACAAGCCACCGGUACUGCUACGGGGAGGGGAUGCCAGCCCAGGACUACGGCUGGUGGAGCUGAGUGGCAAAGAGGGCCAGGAGAUGCUGGUGAAGGAGGAAGUAGGGGCCUUUCUGCUCUCCGAGGCCCUGGGUGAUGCUCUGCAGGUGGCCGUGAAGCUCAGCGGCUGGCGCUGGCGGGGGCGGCAGGCAUUGCGUUUGUACCCACGAGCAGAGCUAGGUACAGUAGUGGACACGGUGCUGGCGUUGCUGGAGAAACUGGAGGAGGAGGAGAGUGUCCUGGUGGAGGCUGUGUGCCCACCUGCCCGGCUGCCCUUCCCAGGUAGUCCCCCACCCGGCCCUGAGCUGGCUGUGCGUAUGUGUGCUGUGGUGUGUCGGACACAGGGCGACAGGCCCCUGCUGAGCAAGGUGGUGUGCGGCGUGGGCCGUGGGGACCGGCCUCUGCGGCACCAGAGCUCCUUGCCGCUGACGCUGGAGGUGGCGCUGGCCCAGUGCGGCCUGGGCGAGGCGGCGCAGGUGGCGGUCGUGCGGCGGCGCGUCAAGGCGGCGGCCGCGCCGCUCGUGGAGACCAUGCUGCGGCGUUCGGCGCGCUGCCUCAUGGAGGGAAAGCAGCUGCUGCUGAUCGGCGCGGGCGGCGUCAGCAAGAAGUUCGUGUGGGAGGCGGCGCGCGACUACGGGCUCAAGCUGCACCUGGUGGAGUCAGACCCCAACCACUUUGCGUCCCAGCUGGUGCAGACCUUCAUCCACUUUGAUGUGACAGAGCACCAGAGGGACGAGGAGAAUGCACGGUUGCUGGCGGAGCUGGUGCGGGCACGCGGCCUGCAGCUAGAUGGCUGCUUCUCCUAUUGGGACGAUUGCCUGGUGCUCACAGCCUUGCUCUGCCAGGAGCUGGGUCUGCCUUGCAACCCCCCGGCCACCAUGCGCCUGGCCAAGCAGAAGAGCCGCACCCAGCUGCACCUGUUGCGCCGCCACGGCCCGCCCUGGCCUGCACCCUCCCUCCAUGCUGUGCCCUGCUGCCCCCUGGAGAGUGAGGCCGAUGUGGAGAGGGCCGUCCGCCAGGUGCCCCUGCCGGGUGUCAUGAAGCUGGAGUUUGGGGCAGGCGCAGUGGGCGUGCGGCUGGUGGAGGAUGCCCCGCAGUGCCACGAGCACUUUUCCCGGAUCGCCCGUGACUUGCAGGGCGAGGCCGACCACCCUGGCAUUGGGCUGGGCUGGGGCAAUGCCAUGCUGCUGAUGGAGUUCGUCGAGGGCACCGAGCACGAUGUGGACCUGGUGUUGUUUGGUGGGCGACUGCUGGGUGCCUUUGUCUCUGACAAUGGCCCCACGAGGCUGCCUGGCUUCACUGAGACGGCAGCCUGCAUGCCCACUGGGCUGGCACCGGAGCAGGAGGCGCAGCUGGUGCAGGCAGCCUUCCGCUGUUGCCUGGGCUGUGGGCUGCUGGAUGGGGUCUUCAACGUGGAGCUCAAGAUGACCAGGGCUGGGCCGCGGCUCAUCGAGAUCAACCCCCGCAUGGGCGGCUUCUACCUGCGAGACUGGAUCCUGGAGCUCUAUGGUGUGGACCUGCUCCUGGCUGCUGCUAUGGUGGCCUGUGGCCUUCGGCCCGCCUUGCCCACCCACCCACGCGCCCGUGGCCACCUGGUGGGUGUCAUGUGCCUGGUGUCCCAGCACCUGCAGGCGCUGAGUUCCACUGCAAGCCGAGAGACCCUACAGGCUCUUCACGAGCGGGGCUUGCUGCGCUUCAAUCAGCUGGAGGAGGCCCUGGUACCCGGGGAGUACGAGGAGCCCUACUGCAGUGUGGCCUGUGCUGGGCCCACCCCGGCCGAGGCCCGCGUCCGCCUGCUGGGCCUCUGCCAGGGCCUGGGCAUCGACGGGCCCCACUAUCCUGUCGCCCACUUCCUGUCCCACUUCAAAUAGCACUGGGGCCAGGGGGCAGGGGUGAAGUGCUGGUGGGGCACUGUGCUGCCCUCUGCUCCACAGUGCUCUCCCUGCCUCUCUUCCAGAGCCCUGGCCCACUCCAAGGCCUCAGGUCUGUUCCAGAGGGCCAGGGCGGUUUUGACACCAAGGCCUCCUGGGCUUCAAGGCCGCAAAAGAAAGUAUCUGGGGGGUCGCUGGGCCCUCUUGCCCUCCCAAAGGCCCCCAGCCCACAGCUGCCCCAGGACUCUAGCUGUGGAGAAGUGACAACAGCUGCACACACACACACACACCUGUACCCAGGGAGGUGGAGUGGGCCCAAACCCAGCCCAUACUCCCCAUCCCUCUAGGUCUCUCUCUUCCUGCUGUCUCAGGGAGGAGAGAACCCGGCUGGCCCCUGGCCUUGGACAGAUCCCAGGAAAACCUGAGACUAAGCCCCCUGUCCUCUUACUCAUUCCCUCAUUUAACAAAUUCCAGGAUACUUCUAGAGCCUGCUGACAACUUCUGGCAGUGCCCCACCUGCCUCAUUUGGCCUGAGCAGUAGAAGCAGGUGACCUGGGGUCAGCAGUAAUCAUCUCCCCUCCAGGCAGACACUAUCAUGCCAUCCUACAGAUGAGGAAGCGGGCUCAAAGCAGAACAACCAUUGCCUCGAGGUUGUACCACAGCGGAUGGAGGGUCAAGGGACAAGCUGCAAGGUCCAGGUUUCUGCUUUUACUGAGUCUUACAUGCCCACUCAGCUUCUAGGCCCCGCUCACCUCCCUGCCCUCAUUCCUGUGUGGCCCUGAGGCGCGUGAACACCCCCCUCCCAUGCAUCAUGCAUCUUCUCCUCCAAGCUUCUGUGCCUUGGCCUCUGGCACACCUAACUAGCAUCGGCAGAGGAGAGUCUACACUCCCUUCCUAAUUCAGGGGAGGCUGCUUUAAGAACUGUGUCUGUGCAGCACAGGAGCCAUGGACGGCUCCACAAGCAUCUCUCUCCAAUAAAGGCUUAUGGACUAGUGAAA